AUGCCUGCUGAGAGAUCCCGGGGCUCAUUGAAGCGCGAGUCUUCAGAUGGCGCUCAAUUAACUUGGACCCUUCCUCUUGAGCCUGCGUCUCCUCAGAGCAUUGCCUUCGCACCGAACGUAACACCUAUAACUUUCAACGAACCACUUCUCAACGUUGAAACUACCUUUGAACCCGUGCUCUUUCCCACUCCUACCGGGGAAUGUUCCUCUCGCCGGCCUACGCAUAGCAAAAAGCGGCCCGACGAUCAUAUCCCCCGUCCUCCUAAUGCCUUCAUCCUCUUCCGCUCGUCCUUCAUCAAAAGCCAGCACGUAUCCACAGGAGUGGAAACUAACCACAGCACGCUUUCAAAGAUAAUCGGUCUUACGUGGCAGAAUAUGCCUCAUGACGAGCGUCAGAUCUGGCACGCAAAGGCAAAGAAGGCAUUGGAGGAUCACAGGCGGAAGUGGCCGCAGUAUGCUUUCCGUCCUUCCCAUACAAAAGCGAAGGGUGGGACCGAGAAGCGGAAAGUUCGGGAAGUCGAGCCGAAGGACAUGAAGCGUUGCGCGAAAAUUGCUGAGCUCCUUGUAGAGGGCAAGAAGGGCCAGGAGCUCGAAGACGCAAUUCAAGAAUUCGACCGCACACAUGUCCCUGAGGUUGUUACGCGCUUCGAGGCUCCCAUGACCGCUCGAGCAUAUCGCCGAUCUUCAUCCGCUCCCAUUGACAACUCGGAAACGAAGAAGCCAUUCCUUUUAUCCUCACCUGCGCCCCGUCGUGUACGUGCUACAAGUAGCCAUCCGUCCCUCUCGUCAACACGGAACUCUCAGUGGGAUGACCUUCCGCCAAGAUCCGAUAGUUUGGCGUCAGAGCGCUGUAUCGAUGUCUCGGCAUCGUCAUCAUUUAUUUCAUCAGAUUAUUCUUUCCCUGCGAAACCGCAACCUUCAUUGGAAUUUGAUCCUUUCAUGUUUGACGUAGCGUUUGGCAAUUCGAUAGCGUCCGCGGGCCAAACUUUCCCUGAUUUUUCUCCUUCACCGUGCGAGACGCGGGUUCAAACACCUUCAUUAGUUAUCGAUACUACACUGGGCAGCUCAGCCUGGUCGCAAGCUUCAUCGCCCUAUUGUAACUCUCCAGCCACACCUCAUUUCCCCAUCGAUCCUUCAUCUUUCGAUACAUUGUGCGCGGAAGGCGACGAUCCAUAUAUGACUGGUUCAUUUUCGUUCAACAACUCCUAUCCCCUUCCUAGCCAUGGAGGAUUCCCAGACGCUUUCAACGCAUUUGGUCACCCCGCAAAUUUGGACCCAUCGUCGUUCUCGAACGAAGAUUUCUUCUCGAAAACCCAAUUUUCCGUGUUCGAGCCAGAGAAAUUGGAGCUUGCCAGCGUGGAUAUGGAAUUUUCCGCGUUCAUGUCGUCAUUAUCCGCCUUCUGA